GGAACAGGCACAGAGGCCUAAUCUGUGAAACAGAAGAACUAUAAAUCCUUUUAGACAUUUGCUGACACUGCUUGGAUGACGAUUCGCCAGGCCGUGAGCUACACAGCGCACCAACGUACGCGUACUGCCAACAUACUCCUAGGUCUUAGUCGAGCGGAGUGCAAGGUGUGUGGUUCGUCUCUCAAAUCAUUUUCUACCUUCAUCUUAACCUAUUAUAACCCAGUGGUAGUUAUAUGUACCACCUUCAUUAACAGUCAAUAAUUCUGCAUUUUACCCACGGAGUGUAUUUAUCGGCUCCACAUAAUCUCACAGAAAACAGCAUUCAUUUCCCUCAAAGAGCAUUAGCCAACUGAACUUUGUAAUGGAGAAGUGUGUUUUAUUUCAGCAGGAGGCCGCUGAAGGAAUAUGGCGACGUCCUCGGAUUCUUUGCGUCGAGGGACGUUACUAGGCACUUGGCUGCUUCUUGUCGAGGCUCUGCAUUUGGCCGGGGUCAGUGGACACGGUCGCCUGAUGAACCCUCCGGCCCGGAACAGCAUGUGGAGAUUCGGGUAUCCAAACCCGGUGAACUACAAUGACAACGAACUGUUUUGUGGAGGCCACGCGGUGCAGUGGGAACAAAACCAAGGCCGCUGUGGGGUAUGUGGAGACCCCUGGCACCUCACAGAGCCACGUCCUCACGAGGCUGGGGGUCAGUUUGCGAAGGGAAUUAUCAGCCGCCAUUAUACCUCCGGUCAGGAGAUUGACGUCGAAGUAGAACUCACUGCAAAUCACUGGGGUCGCUUCGAAAUGUUCCUGUGCCCUAACAAUAAUCCUAGAUACGAGGCAACACAAAGCUGCUUCGAAAGGUUCCCGCUGUAUGUGUCGGGCUCCAGGGAAGUGGCGUUCCACAUUCCUCUGGAGUCCAAGAAGAAGGAAGUUUUCCAGUAUAAAGUCCGCCUACCACCUUACAUUACAUGUACACAGUGUGUAAUCCAAUGGACUUACUACACUGGGAACAUGUGGGGUACGUGUGUCAAUGGUACGGAAGGUCUCGGUUGCGGUCGGCCCGAGACUUUCCGGAACUGUGCUGACGUCACAAUAGUGACGAGUACAGCAGGACUUCCGCCAAUUUUUAUUGGCCAGCAGGAUAACCCGUUUCUGCUUUAUUACCGGGACUUCCGGUCACCGAUCCUUGUGUCACCACUUAUAAUCAGGCAGCAGGUAUGUCUGCCGACUCCUUUAUACAAACGGCUCCCAGGCAUAGAGAAUUGGUGUCAGACAAACUGCCUCAGAUAUCCGCCGAAUUGCUCGCCUAUGAUCUGUCAGUGCCCGGAAGUGUGCGACGCGAUCGGUGAGCUGGAGGGUCGCGCUGGAGCGGAUGUGUACUGCCUGGAUAAGUGCGUAGUGUAUCCCUCGCAGUGCCCAGCUGACAGGUGUCGCUGCUACUGAGCUACCACAAGCCACUGCACUGAGCAGAAGCGAUAGAUAAAUCUUCGUUGCCGAAACGAAACCUCAAAUACGCUUUCAAUAGACAAUUCUGUUUCGCUUGCAAACAUUCAGGCCAUCUGAGAACAAAUAUCUGACGUCAUCAAUCGAAAUUAUCGACAAAAGGGCCUUACAACUUCGUGCAAAUUUCAGUGGCGACUUGUGAGCUUUUACAGAAGUCCGAGGGGGGAAUUAGCGUCUUAUGAUAUGCAGAGUUACAAAAUGUAACAUUAAUAAUCAAUUGCAUUUGAAGGAGAUCGUGGAAUCUUGUCCAAUAAAGUGAUUGCGGGAUGGAGCACGUUGCAACAAUGGGACCUAGGUGAUUGUUGACUCGCUGUGACCUUGGAUAGACUUUCCUUUGUUACUCCUUUCGAGUAAGAAUGAAACAGGUCCACAGUUAUCCACGUAGCAACCUGCUGACGGGACCUCCGCGUGCUGUAGAAUUCCAGCGUACUCUAAAGAGAACAUCUUUCCAAUCAUACUCUUUGUAAUUAUCGUCGUUGUUUGUUUGAAUUAUUUAUUGAUUGUUAUUUGAUAUUUUAAUUUAUAUAUCAGUGUUCAUUCAAACAAUCUGAUGAAUUCCCCAAGUUACAAGUCGUCGCUGUCAGUUUGUACCCAGCAAUAUCUUGGUCUUGUUACCAAUAACUGAUGACUGAAUCUCACUAAAUACGCCGAUGUACAGUGAUGCUAUUUUCUGUAGUAUUGUGUUAGUUUACAGCGCAACUUUGUCCCAGAUUUUCAAACCGCGAGUGUUCUCUGUCGAACUCAGCCCGACAUUCAUUGAACUCACCUUCCGCUCGAAUUUAAAAAUAAAUAAAUUAAUAAAUAAAUAAAUUUACGCUUGUCAUAUUUUAAAAUAUAUCUUAAACUCGUUUCUCAGUUGGACAUAGACACUCGGAAACACAUUCCGGUCCAGUUCUGGGCUGAGUCCAACAGUUUUAUAAUUCGGGCAAAGUAACUGUACUCAAGAGUGCCAUAUUUUAAAAUAUGAUUUACAUGUAAACUAUUUCCAGGCCUAUAAAAUUGCCGCGUUUGGUCUGAUUUGCCCCAGCAUCUCCGGUCAAAAUUUUCUUGUUUUCGGCAAUCUGCAUAGUGUUUGAAUUAAAUUGCAACGUUCAAAAAAUCACCGCUUUUAUAACCUUAACUUUUGUGGGGAGGACUCGGAGGCAGUGAAAUGUGUCUGGACCAGUAGUAAGAAAAAUGAGUUGAGGCUUAAUUGUAAUGAAACGUUGUGAUUCGUCCAAAAAAAAAGGUCAAGUUCACGUCUCUUAAAAUUACUAGCUUAUUUCUGAAUAAUUAAUGAUGGAGCUUCCGAAAUGUUUAAUUAUAUUCAACGACUAUGAGGCUAAUCCUUGAAGAAGAAUCAAUUAUAAAACCUGAAAACCUGUUCCUAAGUUAUGAUGUCCUAAAAGUUAAAAAAAUACUUGGCUCCUUCACUUAUUCUAUGUGUUCAUAUGUGUGAAAAAUACAUGUUGACUAAACAUAAA